AAUGGAUUAUCAAUUAUAAUUAUAAUUAGAAGUACCUUAAUCAAAAUUAUUUGAAAUUAAAAACCAAUAGCCAAAAUAAGUUGAUGCUGGCAUUCUAUAAGUAUUGAAAUCGCUUUAAAUAUUAGAUAUAUUAAUCAGAACAACUUAAAUUAUCUUUCUUAAAAUUCGGCUAGUUUUAAUAUACAUUGUAAAAAAACAUCCCUGUAAUGGUUGCUUAAAUAGUUAAUGGUAGCAAAAUGUACAUUUUCCCUGGUCUUAAUGAUAUAUUUUAUGGAGUCAUUGUAGAGAAGUAAGAUUAGGUAUCUGAUACAUUUGAACAAAUUCUGUCAAUUAAUGUUCGGCUUGUGAUUUCUUCCCAAAAGCAACACUAAAAUAUUAUGUCUAAGUCCAUAUAUGGAGGAAGGAAUGAUAUGAAGUAAUUAAAUGAAUAGCAAAAAUUGACUUAACAGGAAUUAAUGUUGAGAACUGGGAUAAUGCAAGUUAAUUUAUGGGAACAUGUUGGAUAAGGAGAGAAGCCUCCAGGAGUUAGCGAUUAUAUAAAAUAAGGAGGAAAUGCAAUUAGAUAAGGCCUAAUUUCUGUGGCUGGGUUCAUUGGAGAAGGGAUUAAGAAAGGAGGAGAAUUGAUUUCUGAGAAGAUCACUGAUAAAGAAUAAAAAGAGAUCUCUGAAGACACAUUGAAUAAGGUAAAAUUAGUGAAUAAAGGUUCUAAAGCUAUACUUUAAUUUACAAAAGCUUAAGUUGAUGCUUUGAUUAAUCUGGGAAAGAUGAUUGCAGAUGAAGCUGAAAAGUAAUUUGAGAAUAGUGAAACUGGUAAAAAGAUGUAGGAACACAAAUAUUAUGAUGAUGCUAAAAACUUUGGGGGAGCUGCUGUUGUUGCUGUUGUUAGCAUUUAUGAUGGAUUAACAGAAGCUCUAAGUGUAUUAUUGGAUUGUACUGGCUAAGCAACUACAGAGGUAGUUUAAUUAUUAAUUAAUUUAGAUCAUUAAAAAUAAAUAUGGAGAUUAAGCUAGUGAACUGAGUAAAGAAGGAUUUUAAGCUGCAGGAAAUGUUCUUGCAUUUGAUAAAAUUUAUGUUUAAGCAGCAGCAAAAGCAGUAUUAGAAUAAUAAUAACAAUAACAAUAACAAAAAUAAUGA